AGAAAUGCAUCAACAAAAUCGUUAUUUCAUAUAAGUCGUCAUGAUAUGAAUCAAUUUCUCUAUUUUAUUUUGUAAAUAAAAUAAUAGCGCUAACGAGCAAGAAAACAGAUGUGUUAAAGACACAACAAAUGUCUAAUUGGUCAGAUUCAAAUGACAACUUGUUCUCAUCAAGCCUUGCAAGCUAUCUUGAUAGAAAAAUUAUUAUAUUACUACGAGAUGGUAGAGAACUCUUGGGAACUUUCCGUUCUUUCGAUCAAUAUGCAAAUAUAGUAUUGGAAGGUACCUCAGAAAGAGUAAUAGUGGGAAAUCUCUAUUGUGACAUUUCUUUGGGUCUCUACAUUGUUCGUGGGGAGAAUGUUAUGCUCAUUGGACAACGGGAGUCUAAUGAGGAGGAGAUCCCCCCACACAUGACUUGUGUUUCAGAAACAGAAAUCAAAAGGGCUCAAAAGGCAGGCAAGAAUGCAGAAGAACUAAAGGGUUCCACUAGAAGAAGAAUGGAGUUUCUUGACUUUGACUAGUAUUUUUUUUAAUUAUUAUUAAUAAUGGUUGUUUUAUGGGAUAAUAUA